CGGCAACAAGUCAAGCAGUCUCCCAAAACGACCUAGACACCACUCCUCCGGUCGUCUUCCCCCAAAAACCACUCUCUUCCUCCCUCGAUCGGCGGCGAUGGCGACCAUCUCCGGCGAAACCCUGCUCCGCCGCCUCCUCCUCGCCGCCGCCGCCGCCCUCCUCCUCCUCCUCGCGACCCCGGCCGCCGCCGAUUCGGACUCCGACCGGGCGGCCGAGCUCCUGGCCCUCCAGUCCCGAUCCAAAUCCGGCGUCAUCCACCUCGACGACCACUCCAUCUCCCGCUUCCUCACCUCCACCAAGCCCCCCCGCUCCUACUCCCUCCUCGUCUUCUUCGACGCCACCCAGCUCCACGACAAGUCCGAGCUCCACCUCCCGGAGCUCCGCCGCGAGUUCUCCCUCCUCGCCGCCGCCUUCGCCGCGAACAACGCCGGCGACCCGGCCUCCCGGUCCAAGCUCUUCUUCUGCGACCUCGAGUUCAAGGAGUCCCAGUCCAGCUUCGCCCAGUUCGGGGUCAACUCGCUCCCCCACAUCCGCCUCGUGGGGCCCGAGGUGCGGAGCCUCAAGGACUCGGAGCAGAUGGACCAGGGGGACUUCUCGCGGAUGGCCGAGUCGAUGUCCGAGUUCGUCGAGUCGCGGACGAGGCUCCGGGUCGGCCCGAUCGCCCGCCCGCCCAUGCUGUCCAAGAUGCAGAUCACGAUCGUCUGCGCGUUGAUAUUGAUCUGGCUGCCGUUCGCCGCGAAGAAGGUCUUCGCGGGGGAGACGCUGCUGCACGACAAGAGAGUUUGGCUCGUCGGUGCCGUGUUUGUUUACUUCUUCAGCGUUGCGGGCACAAUGCACAACAUUAUUAGGAAGAUGCCCAUGUUUCUGGUGGACAGGAACGAUCCGUCAAAGCUGGUGUUUUUCUAUCAGGGUUCGGGGAUGCAGCUCGGGGCGGAGGGGUUCGCGGUCGGGUUCCUUUACACGAUUGUUGGGUUGUUGAUGGCGUUGAUGACGCAUCUGCUGGUGAGAGUGAGGAAUCUGAAUGUGCAGAGGCUGAUCAUGGGCUCCGCACUUUUGGUGUGUUUCUGGGCUGUGAAGAAGGUGGUGUACUUGGAUAAUUGGAAGACUGGGUAUGGAAUUCAUGGGUUCUGGCCUUCCGGUUGGAAUUGAUUUCACUGGUUCGAACUCUUUUCCUUUCUGGAUUUUGAUGAUGGAAUCUUACUUGUAGAAUAAUAUUGAGGUUGUCUGCGAGUGUUAGCUUUUACAGACGGCUAUGGAAUGCUUGAUUACAGAAGGAUUUAGUUGUUGAUUAUG